AUGGAAGAAAAAAAAGAAAUCGUUUAUAUCUAUGAACAAUCCACUGGAAUCCUUUAUGAUGGAGAAGGACAUGAAAUUUGUAGAGGAUAUUCUGGUAAAGGUGAACACAAGAAUCAACCAAGUUCUGAGGGUUUAGAAAAUUAUGGUCCAAUACCCAGAGGUACAUAUUUAUUGAAAAAACCCAAAGGUAAGGUAGUGAUUGAUUUAAUACCACUCCAAAAACUUAUAAAUGGUAGACAUUCAUUCCAAAUUCAUGGAGACAGUAUAGAAAAUCCAGGUACUGCAUCCCAAGGUUAUAGCACCCUUCCAACUCCAUCACCAAUUUCAACUCCACAUCCAACCUCUAUUCCACAUCCAUUCUUUUUUCCUUCACCAAUCUUAACUCCACCUUCAACCUCAACUCCAUCAUCAACCACAACUGCAUCAUCAACUUCAACUCCAUCAUCAACCUCAACCCCCUCAUCAACCUCAAGUCUAAAGAAUUUCAAAUAUGCAUCAUUACUUAAACAACAAUCUAAUAACUUAACAACAUCGUCACAUGACUAUACACAACCACAAACAAAACAAAUUCCAACUUCAAAUCCCACCUAUUACCCUGAACUACCAUUUGCAUUAAAAUCACCAGAACAACAAAUGUUAGAUAUUGAAUUAAUGAAGUAUAAAUCUUUUUCUCCUAAACCACCAUUGAAUAUGAAUAAUAUAACACCAUCGUCAUCGUUGUCAUCAUCGACUUUUAUUAAAACAGAAUUACAAAGUAAACCAAAUUUAAGUUCAUAUUAUUCUUCCCCCCUCUUCUUCUUCUUUGUCUUCUUUUUCUUCUUUUUCCUCUUCUUCUUCUGA